AUGAGCACCGAUAAGAUCCCCGAGGAAGACCUGACCAACUACAACUCGCAGUGGGUCUCCUUCCACAUUCGGGAUCAUCUCAAGGACGGAGAGAUCAAAGUGCAGCACACUGUCAUUGAAGGAGGCGAAUUCCACAGCCCGACCGACCGUCGUAAGUCGCUCACCGAAGAUGAGAUCGACUACAUGACCAUCGAGUCCGAGGGCAUUGGCGAGAUCUGUGCCCGCGGCCGUCGCGGCAGCGAGGGUCGUCUGGACUUGUUCCAUGGCGAUACCAAGAUCUGCGAGCUCCACUGGGAGAAUCGCGGUGGAGAGUUCCACAAUCUGGUCGAGGUGCUGGAUGAUAAUUCCAAGUAUAGAGUCGAGCAUGGGGGAUGGAGUCCACAGGCAGGUCCGCUGGGACAUGUCUUCGUGGACGUUUCGGAGCGGAAGAACAAGUAG